AUGUCACGAAAUGACAUAUUAAGAGCGUUUAAAAUUCUCCAUAGGAUUGUGCAACAGACUUUUGAAGGAGAUAAACGUGCAAUUGUAGAAGCUCGUCACAGAAUUAAUUUAGAAUUUAGGAAAAAUUCGACCAUCAAAGAGCAAGAAGUCAUUCAUGAAAAAUUGAAAAUCGCAAAGGAUGUUGGUGACAUACUGAAACAUCAAGUGGUGCAAGCUGUUAAGAAUCCCGAAAGUGAUCAUUAUGAAUUGAAACUUCGUAACGACACAGCGAAACUCGACAAUGUCAUAUUCAAAGAAGAUGCAAUUAUACCUGAACCUCGGAGUAAAAAAUGUAAACCAGAUGCCAGCUAAUUGAUUGAUAAUUGUCAAGUGACAAAUUUUAGUGUUUAAUAUCAAAAUUAAAAUAAAAAUUAAUAUCGCAUUAGGAA